UUUGCACAGCAAUUGCGGUACUUCUCCACCUGGUGUUUUUGAUAGUUUUCUUCGGAAUGCUGACGGAGGGAUGUAACCUUUCAUAUACGGUUCUCAAUCCACUAAGUACUAUAAAACCUGGGAUGCCACUAAUGAUAUCGUCUUAUGUCCUCGCAGCUAUUAUUGUGGUGAUAUCUAUCGGUGCAUCGCAGCUACAGGGAUAUGGCACCGAACAGGCAUGCUGGUUAUCGACUGAUACUGGAUUGAUAUGGGCCUUUCUUGUUCCGGUUGUUGUUGUUAUAGUGGUUAAUUGUACAAUUGUUGUCUUAGUGAUUCGGACAAUGUGCGGCACUACAGCAAUGUUGAAGAAAUCAAACAAAAGACGGGCAAAAGCAGCAUUACGAUGCAUAUUGGUGCUCAUGCCGGUGAUGGGUCUGACUUGGGGAUUUGGAGCAUUGUCUUUGAAUAGUGACACAAUUGUUUUCCAGUACAUAUUCGCUCUUCUUAACAGUUUUCAGGGACUGCUGAUCUUCAUAUUUCACUGCGUGAUGGACAAAAAGUUAAAAGAUGCAUUUUCAAAACAGAGAUACAAGUGGUUUCAAUCGACGCAGAGUUUCGGAGUUUCUGAAGGAAAGAAAAACAAAACACAAGACUCUUCCGUUUUCUGAAAGCCAAGAAGAAUCAAUUCAUCGAUGGAGUAUUUCAAAAUGUGAUUCGUCGGACAGUUUGGCCAAACAGGACUUGGCUAUAUCUAAAACAGCACUUUGUCAUUUAAAGCUUCCGUGCAUCGUUAUCAAACGAUGACGUACUUCAAUAUUUGUACUUAGCUAACCACGAUUAUAUCACCGAUAUUUUAGAUUUUUGCAUUUUCAUUAAAUUCAAUCCACCGA